CUUCAUCCCUCCUACCGUUGCUCCCGUUCUUGGGAGUUCCUUCGUGCGAAUCCUACUGGAUCCGCGGCUCUUCCUCAACCGUUGAAUCGCGUCGCGCCCAGUGGGAAAGCAGCGAUGGCACGGCACCAGCAGCAGCAGCGGGUAUCAGGCAAGCCGCACUCGGCAGGUGCGGUGUGGGUGCGGUUCGCGGUGACGUCCGUAGCCAUGUGGGUGCUGCCCCUCGCCGUGCUCUUCUCCCUCAAGCAGGACCUCUCCUUCCUCCAGAGCUUCGUCCCCGCGCCCAUCUGGUCCUUACUCGCCCGCUCCGACCCCUCAGCACCGCCCAUCGAUGCCACCUUCUGGGCGGGGCUCGCAGCGGUGCUGUCAGUGAACGCGGUGAUCGCCGUAUAUAUCAUCCUCGCCCUGCGCGACUCCCCCGUGGCCGACCAGCCCCACCCCGACCCCGCCUUUGUCGCCACCGCUGCACGGCGACAGCAGGAGAUUGCGGACCUGGGGGGCGAGGGGGAGGAGGGAGAUGUAGGGGGCGGUGGGAGCGGUGGAAAGGGGGUUGGUGGUGGUAGAAGUAGCGGUGGGCUAAGGAAGAGGAGGCAGGAUAUGACGGCAGGGGAGGCAGAGGCAGAGGCCAUGGCAGCGGCUGCUAGGGUAAGUGGUACGGGGCUGCGAAGGGCAAUGGACAGGAAGGGUAAGAAGCAAAGCUGAAUUGGAUGGGUAUGCUGCUAAUGUUUAUACACUGCACUGCAUAUGGCUGGGUGUACUUUCGUGCCAUUUUCAGAUGGAUGUGUGUUUAUCAAGGUUUGUGUCGAUGCCACACCGUGUAACGGCAGAUUCCAGCUGAAACUCACGCUGAACCAGAAUCUGUCAAACAUAACUUACGUUACUGUAGACUAUACAGGUUUGUGCCUUAGAGGGUACAACACACUAGUCUAUAUUGCCCUGUAUCUUCCUAUUCUAGUCAU